GUCGGGCUGUUGUGUGGAUAGGGAUAGGGCCGACUGCCUAUCCCAUUGUCCUCCCAUUCAGCUAUGACGACAGUAUAAUUCCAACUCUAUCAAUGUGAUCGAAGCCCACGCGGGCCAAGUAACACGAGCAAGAGAAUGCCUCUUAGGGCGCGCAGCGUAUCUGUCAGAGCAGGCUAGAAGCAUUGCUCGAACGCAAGGGCAGACCAGGCUCCAGCACGAUCACUUGAACAGCCCCUUGCAUCCUCAUGGAGGGACACAACUCUUUAAGAGUCUGACACCGAUCCCACAUACCCAGGAGUAGGACCGGGCGAUCUGCUCUGAUCUCCGCCGCGUCAAGCUGCCCAGGCACCUCACCAUGGCCGCAGAUACCGAUCGGAAAGAUGCCAUCGUCAGCUCAGAGAGCAUCCAGAAUGACGAAAUGGAGGCCAUCAACCUGGAUGACCCUGCCCUCCAUGCAAGCGGAAAACCCGACAUGCCCCAUCAGUUCACCUGGGCGUCGACUCUGGGCAUUUCCUUCUCAAUCACGAACUCCUGGGCCGGAUAUCUGAGUAAUUUCGGCCAGACACUAGCGUAUGGCGGCCCUCGCCUCGUGAUCUUCGGAUUCAUCUGUGCGUUUGCGGUCCAGAUGAUUACCAUUCUCGGGCUGAGUGAGCUGGCCUCGGCCUUUCCGUCCAGCGGGGGCCAGUAUCACUUCUGCUAUAUGCUUAGUCCGAAAAAGUCACGAAGGUUUUCUGCCUUCGUGGUCGGAUGCAUGUCUGUUCUGGCGUGGUGGAUUGUGACGGCUUCGGGAAUCUCGCUCGUCACGGCUUCCCUUACGGGGAUUGUGAGCUUCUGGCGCCCCGAGUAUAUAGCCGAGAACUGGCACGUGUACCUCAUCUAUCUCGCUGUGUCGGUGCUGACCUUAAUUCCACUAUUCACGGUCCCGAACAAGCUCCACUGGAUCGUCCAAAUAGCCCUGUACCUAUCCAUUGCAGGCAUGCUCCUCAUCUUCAUCCUCUCGCUGGCCCUGUGUGAGAAAAAGCAGCCCGCCUCAUUCCUCCUCGAAGAUGGAUUCGGCACGACCGGCUGGAACGACGGGACUGCGUGGAUGCUGGGCGUCAUGAACGCAAUGUACGCCAUCGCAGGGACGGACGCAGCUAUCCAUAUCAGCGAGGAACUCCCUCAGCCCGGUCGACUGGUUCCUCAGGCCAUGAUCAUGAGCGUGCUUCUGAGUCUCGCCACCUGUCUGCCGCUGUUCAUUGCCCUGAUGUUCUGCAUGUCCGACAUGGAUGCCGUCGUGAGGUCCGCGCUUCCGAGCUUGGAGUUGAUCUAUCAGGCGACCCAGAACAGAGGCGUCACCACCUUUUUAUCAGUGUGGCUUUUGAUUGUCUACGCCGCAUCCAUCCCCUCCCAAUGGAUAACAUGCAGCCGCAUGGCCUGGUCUCUCGCCCGAGACAUCUCCUCCCCAACAGCAACCUACUUCUCCCACGUCGACCCGACCCUCAAAUUCCCCGUCCGCACCACCCUCGCCACCCUGACCUUCGUCGCCAUCUACGGCCUCCUCUACCUCGCCUCCACCAGCGCCUUCAGCAUGAUCACCAACUGCGCCGUCCUCUUCCUCAACAUCACCUACGUCGUGCCGCAGGGCAUCAUCCUCAUCUCGGGCCGAUCUGCCGCGCUGCCCCGCCGGUAUCUGAACCUGGGGUGGCUGGGCUACGUCUGCAAUGGGUUCGUGGUGAUGUGGAUUGUGGUGCUGGGGGUGUUUGUUUGUUUGCCGCUGUCGUUGCCGGUGGCGGUCGAGUCGAUGAAUUAUACGUGUGUCGUGUUGGUGGGGCUGUGGGGGGUGGUGGUCGGGUUGUGGUUUGGGAUGGGGAAGCGGGGGUUUAGGGGGCCCAAGGUUGAGGGGGAUUUGGGGGAUUUGGGGUCGGGGUGA